UCAUCAAAAUGUCAAUCGUAUAUGCAAUUAUAUCAAGAGGAGACGAUACAACUUUAGUUGACUUUGCUUUUUUAACAGGAAACUUUGAAAUAAUCACAAAGAGUUUAUUACCUAAACUAUAAAAAAAUGAAAAAGUUACAUUUUAAUACAAUAAAGAUUAUAUGUUCCAUUAUAUAAAUGAGAUUAAUUAUACAUAUUUAUGUAUUACUUAAACUGAUUUUCCUUAAAGAAUUGCUUUUGCAUUUUUAAAUGAAAUAAAAGGUCUUUUUAAGAAUUAAUUUUAAUAAGAAGAACGAGAAAAUGCUUUAUAAUAUUCAUUUAAAAAUACUUUUGAAGAAACAAUAAAAUAAAAAAUGGUAUUUUUUUUUUAUUUUUAUUAUUUUUAUUUUAUUAUUUAAAAUAAGAAAUUUUAUAAUUCUAACCCUGAUGAUAACUUAACAAAAAUAAAAAAUAAUCUAAAUGAAAUAAAAGUAGUUAUGAACGAUAAUAUUGAUAAAGUUCUUGAAAAAGAAAAAAAAAUAGAAAUGGCAGUUAAAAAAACAGUUAAUAUGAGUUAAACAGCAUCUAACAUAAAGAAACAAGCAAAUAACGUUAGAAGAGAUUAAUAUUGGAAAAAUAUUCGAAUUAAAAUAUUUAUUGCAAUUAUUAUUGUUAUUCUUAUAUUAUUAGUUGUUUUUAUUUUAUGA